AUGAAAGUAAAUUUGGUAAACGAAAAUACCAUAGGGGGCACGCAGUUUGAAGRUCAAUGUGUAUUUGGAGGUGUUGAGCGAGGAACGAAUAAAUGUUUUCUGGUCCCAGUAGAAAAAAGAGACAAAGCGACCUUGCUUGAAAUUAUAAAGGAGUGGAUUUUACCAGGAACGACAAUAAUAUCUGACUGUUGGAAGGCGUAUGACUGUUUGAACGAAGAGGGAUUCAUUCAUUUUAAAGUUAAUCACAGUAUUAACUUUAAAGAUCCCGAAACAAAUCAGCACACUAAUACUAUUGAAGGCUUUUGGAGGCAUGCAAAAUUUCACUGCCCYAAUACAAUYGGAAAAAAAAAUKUAUUGRAGGAUAUCCCAAAUGUCAAUGUCGCAAGCAACUCUGAAAGUGAUGAUAACAGCGAUACAGAUAAUGAUGAAGAAACCGAUAAUACUAACUUUUGCUUUUCUACAGCUCCUGCUUAUAGAAAAAAAGGAUAUAUAAUUGAUCAAGUGUUUGAUAUGAUAGAAGCCGAGUUUAAAGCACAACUACCUCAGAAUUCAAAUGAAAAACCAGUUGUUAAUAAAUCAGAGAAUUUAGUGAAAAAUGAUUUAAUUCAAGAAGAAUCUCAAGAAAUUAAAAAAAAUACCAGCAUUGAGAAUGUUGAAAUAAUUAAAAAUUUAAAUGGCAAUAAUGGAACUGAAGAAACACCAAAAAAGAAGAAAAAGAAAAGUAAAAAAUCUUUUGAUGARGUAAUUGACAAAACAGAAUCAAAAUUGAAUGGAAAUGUUGAACUACAAUUAGUAGAGAAAAAAAACAUCGCAGAAGAAGAUCAGCCUAGCUCAGUUAAAAAGUCCAAAAAAAAUAAAAAAAAUAUGGAAAACAUUGAAAAUAACGAAUCAAUUCAAGAGCCACAAGAAAUUAAGAGAAAGAAGAUCAUUGAUAGUGAAACUGAGGAAACACCAAAAAAGAAGAAAAAGAAAAGUAAAAAAUCUUUUGAUGAGGUAAUUGACAAAACAAAAUCAAAAUUGAAUGGAAAUGUUGAACUACAAUUAGUAGAGAAAAAAAACAUCAUAGAAGAUCAGCCUAGCUCAGUUAAAAAAUCCAAAAAAAAUAAAAAAAAUAUGGAAAACAUUGAAAACAUUGAAAAUAAUGAACCAAUUCAAGAGCCACAAGAAAUUAAGAAAAAAAAGAUCAUUGAUAGUGAAACUCCAAAUAGUAAUUUUAGUAGUGAGGAAACACUGAAAAAGAAAAAAAAAAGUAAAAAAUCACUAGAUGCAGUAAUUUGUGAAAUUUAAACAAAAUCAGAUGUUGAACAACAAUCAUCAAAGAAAAAAAAAAUAUUAAAAAUUAACUCUGAAACUGAAAACAAUUUGAAAGUAAAAGAUAGCAACUUAGCUGUAUUAAAAACUUUUUUAUAAAAUGAAGUUCAAAGAAACAAAAAUAUAACUUAUGUCCAAUUACAUAAACUAUAUGUAUCUUAUUCCUCUUUAGCUUAUUUUUUACUAUACAAAAUUCUUAUUCCCUCUCCUUUAUAAAAUCUGAACAUGCUACUGUUGCUAUACAUUUGGAUUGAGGGUACCUCAUUAAUGAUCACAAAUUAAUGUAUACAUUAUAUAUAUAGAUAUACAUAAUAUAUGGUGCAUUCUAAUAAAA